CUCUAUUUAUCGGGCGCCACUUCUUCCACUACUUAAUCAGUAACUAGUAAAGACCAAGGGGGGAAAGAAUUAAAGUGAAGUGCGUAUAGCAAUACCUGCUGCAGCCGCCACUGACUCCUUCACCGACGUAUCACGUCCGGCAGCCCACGCCUCAGCCCCUUCCGCACGGCCGCAGCCGCCAGACGCCACCCACCGCUCAGUCGCCCACCAAACUCCAAAGUGUAUACCUCUUUUUUCUUUCUUUCCCUAAAAGCAAUACCAAGGAUUUAACUACGCAGAAACAAUGGAGAAACCCAAGCAAGUAUUUCUGUUCUACUGUAUUGAGGCUGAAGAACUUGCUCGUAAAGUCGCUCUUCAAUCUCCUCUCAUAACCCUUCAGUCCAUUAAUUGGAGGAGCUUUGAUGAUGGAUUCCCAAACCUUUUCAUAAAUAAUGCACAAGAGAUAAGAGGCCAACAUGUUGCCUUUUUGGCUGCUUUCAGCUCACCUGAAGUCAUAUUUGAACAACUCUCCGUCAUAUUUGCUCUACCUCGACUGUUUGUUGCUUCCUUCACAUUAGUUUUGCCAUUUUUUCCUACUGGAUCAUUUGAACGAAUGGAAGAGGAAGGAGAUGUUGCCACAGCUUUUACAAUGGCAAGGAUAUUGUCCAAUAUUCCUAUAUCAAGGGGUGGGCCAACUAGUGUUGUCAUAUAUGACAUACAUGCUUUGCAGGAAAGGUUUUAUUUUAGUGACCAUGUGCUUCCAUUAUUCGAAACAGGAAUUCCUUUGUUGAAGCAGCGCCUUGAUCAACUGCCAGAUGCUGAUAAGAUAGUAGUUGCAUUUCCAGAUGAUGGAGCAUGGAAGCGAUUCCACAAGCAGCUGGAUCAUUAUCCUAUGGUUGUUUGUGCUAAGGUUCGUGAAGGUGAUAAACGGAUAGUCAGGCUUAAAGAAGGCAACCCUGCUGGCUGUCAUGUUGUCAUCGUCGAUGACUUGGUACAAUCUGGUGGCACUCUUAUUGAAUGCCAGAAAGUUUUGGCAGCAAAUGGUGCAGCAAAGGUUAGCGCCUAUGUAACCCAUGCGGUAUUUCCAAAGCGUUCGUUUGAACGUUUCACGCAUAAAGAAGACGGUUCAGAGAAAGCAUUUACUUACUUUUGGAUCACGGAUUCUUGUCCUCGUACUGUAAAGGCGAUUGGAAACAGAGCUCCUUUUGAAGUUCUGAGUCUUGCUGGGUCGAUAGCUGAUGCUCUUCAAAUAUGAAGGUAAAAUCGAGCUACUUAAGGGGAACACAAUGAUGAAAAUAUUCGAGUUUAUGACUUGAUGGAAACAAUCAAGACUUUGUUUCAUGAGGAAUGUGCACCUUAUUUUCUCUGAGUUUCUUUAGGUUGAUGAUGUUUGUGCUGUAGGGUAGUUUAUUGCGAAGGUGUGCAAUCCUGUAAUUGUAUUCUAGUUUUCUAAUACGCUAAUGGUUGGUUAUUUAUUAGAUGAAUAGAAAGGAUUUAUCUACUAUUGUUAUCCUUAA